CUGCCUACUUAUUUCUUUCUUCUCUCCUCCUUCUGUGAGCCCCAAUAAGUGUUGAAGACCGGUUAUUAAACUCAUUUUGUUGCGAGAUCCUCUUGCACUGCAAAAGGUAAUGAUUUUUCGUAACACCAGGCAUGGAAAUAAAUACUGGAAUUCCCCAGGCAAAGGAGAAGCAACCGAUGGAAGGAUGCAAAACUGACAGAGAAACUAAGAAGGCUUCAGAGAACGUUGCAACAACUCCCGUAUUUAUCAAUCACGCUGCCAUUGCAUGGGAGGAAAGCCGAAGAAAAUGGGUUGGAGACGCUUCCCAGAAGACUCAAAGGAUUGCAAAAGAUCCGAUCAUAAGUUGGUCGAUGACCUACGAGGACUUGCUGUCAACCAACGAGCCUUUCUCUGAGCGAAUUUCUUUACCUGAGAUGGUCGAUUUUUUGGUUGAUGUUUGGUACGAUGAGGGGCUUUUCGACUAAAAGAUGUUUGGAAGAGCUGUUGUGAGCAGGGAGUCUAUAGUCAUUCAGGAUAGCAUUGCAGAUAUUGCUGUUUGACAGUAACAUAGGCAUCUGUCAAAUUUAACCCAAUCAAAUUUAGAUUACAUAAAUUUUUAUUAUCAGAUUCUUCUGUUUAUGAUCAUCUUACAAGCCUUAAUGUAUGGUUUCUAGCUGGGGACUAUGGCACAAUGGCCUAUAUGAUAUAAUUUAAGCUUUAUUGUUUUAUUUUCCA